GUAAAAGCUGAGACUAUUUUGUGUCAUCACCAAGUCAAAGUACAACCAACUAAAAACUACAAGUAAAUAAAUCAUGUCCGUGGAUAAUUGUAUAUUUUGCAAAAUAACCAGUGGCCAGGAUGCAAACACUGUCCUGGAAAUGGAAAACGACGAGUUUGUGAUAUUCAAGGAUAUAAAGCCUGCUUCCCAGCAUCACUAUCUGGCCGUAACCAAGGAGCACCAUAAUAGCCUCAAGACCCUCAAUAAAUCUCACGAAGAUCUAGUUGCCAGAAUGGAGGAGGGCUUAAAGCAGUUCCUCAGGGAAAAAGGAGUGGCCACAGACGACGCCCUGCUCGGCUUCCAUCUGCCACCAUUUAUAACGGUAAACCAUCUCCACAUGCAUGCCAUUGCCCCGCGCUCCCAAAUGGGGUUCCUAUCCAAGCUAAUAUUCUUGCCAUCGGCCUGGUUUAAGACAGCCGACAACGCUCGUUUAUAUCUUUCCGCAAAAGAGGCAUAGUAACUCUUACUCUUUAAUAUAAUUUGUAGGAAAAUGUAUCUUCUUGUUAUCUAUUCUAUAAACUAUUAUCCCUAUUAUUCCAUUUGUAUCUUUGAAGUGCCAAGAAAGCCCAAAUACAAUUUUAAGUAAAAACAUUA